CAGUCUUACUCGGCCUCACUAUCCAAAAUGGCGGACAAACUUAUCGCGUGCACUUAACUAAAGAUAUUUGAAGAUUUAUGGAGGAAAAAACAUUUAGCGUAUUUCUACAUCAUGUCUAUGGAAGGGGAUAUAACAUUCAGCCCUGAAGAACUUCAGAAACACAGAAAGCAAACACAGCACCUUCCACAGGUUAAAGGACCAAAAGAAUUUGCACCAAAUAACAGCACAGAACAAUGUCAACAGAUAAAGUCUAUGAUAACUGAACAUGUUGAUGUUCUUAGAGAAGAGAGGAUUGUUAGAAAGGGAAAUAUCUCUAUUGGCACAUGGGAUCCUGAAAAUGCAAUUGUAGAAGUCACAAAACAAAAGGGAAGUUACUGGAAUUAUUUUGGAAGAAAUGUGAAAGGGGAGAUGAUUUUAAAUGCAGAAGAAGCUCUUUUCCUGCUGGAACAGGGAUCAUUAGAAUUGUAUUAUGGAGGGCUGCCAAUAUCAUUGCAACAGGCUUUUUCAAUGUUGCAGCCACAUGCAUUUGAUCAUGACCAUUAUUUGGUUUAUGCAUAUUUACUAAGACUGGGCUAUAUUGUUUUGAGACACCAAAGCAGGUCAGCUUCUGAAGGCGCAAAGGAGCAAAGUCUGGAUGAUAAGGACAUAAAAGAUAACAACAUUAAAACAGAAGAAGAUACAGAGUACACUGAAGUAGCUAAUAAUACCAAGAUCCUACAAGAUAGUCCUGUGUCUCAUUUAUGGAUGGAUGAAAGUGGUUGUCAACCUUUAGUUAGGCCAAGUGAUGCCAAGUCAACUGCUUCAUUAUUAUCAAAGCUUCAAGUAAUCAAGACACACAGGAUGACAACUAAGACAACCCAUUCAGAGAGUCACCCACUUGCUGUAGAUUUUGAUGUCUAUCAUCCUGGUGUUCACUACAAGAAGAGUGAUCCAGGCGUACCUCCAUUCUGUGUGUCAGUAUGUAGAUAUUCAUACCCAGCCUUGUCUCUGUCUGUUAUCAAUGAUCUAACCUGUGAAUCUUACCCAUCACCAAUAAAGUUUGCUGUGACAUGUGAUGGGAGUGUAUCAUUUUAUGAUAUGAUUGAUGCUGAUCUACCAACCUCCAUCAACAUUGGAUAAAAAGGGUUAUCUCCGGUGUAAUAUAAUUUACGCUGUUCUUUUGUUAUUUCUAUUGUGACUCGUUCUAUAGAUUGUAAAGCUGGUAUUGUUUUUUGGUAAUAUGAUGUCAGCUGUGCUGUAUCAAUUAUAUUACACAGGAUAUGAGCCGAUGAAAAGCAUGGUUAUGUAUAUCUAUUGCAACAUAUAAUUUCUGGAAAUAAUAAAACUUUUCCUCUCUUCA